CUACAAGUAUAUCCCAACCGCAACAUUCUACAAUAAAAACACACACAAAAGCCAUUUUUUUUUUAUCUUGCAAAGCUUCUUCUUUUUUUACUUGAUCGAAGGGAAGCUUUUUUCUUCCCUCUCUCCUUCUAAACACAAUAAACUACAAACAAACCGAUGCACGAGCAAAACCCAUUAAAAUAUUAAAUUAUUACCCAGCAAAAUAUAAUAAUCAUCAUCAUGGCCAAAUCUCUUGUAUUCCUCUGUCUCGUUCUAUUGUCAUUCUCGGCCGCCGUGCGGGCGGACCCCACCCUGCUCGACACGGGGGAAGGACUGGUCAACGAGGCGGCGGACGCCGCCGGUGAUGCCAAGAACGCGACGGAGAACGCGGCGAACACCGCCACGAGCACCGCGCAGGAUGCACACGACGCGGCGGAGAACGCAGCGAACACGGCGGCGAACGCCGUGAACCAAACCCAGAGCGCGACGAACGAGGCCAAGCAGAACGCCGAGGACGUGGCCAACACGACGGAGACCGCCGGGAAAAACGUCCACGACGCCCUCAGCAGCGGCGGCAGCGGGUUGGGGAUGGGUCUGGCCGGGUUGCUGGUUGGCGCUGGAGGAUGGUUUGCUCUGAUGGGUUCGGUUUGAUUCGUUUGGAGGAGGAAUUAAUCCGUGUCCAUUGCGGAUUGCCCUUUUAGGCUUUGUUUGUGUAAGUGUAACUUUUUUUUUUUUUUUUUGGGUUAAUGGCGACACAGGUUUUAUUUCCUUUCUUCUUCUUGUCCCAAUGUGUGAAUGAAUAAAAAGUUGGAGUGAUGCUCCCACGCUUCAAUUUUGUCUAUUCGCUCGACGUAAAUGAAAUGGGUUUUGGAACACAAUUGGUGUAAAUUCGGUGAUCGAAGAUAAAUGUUAGUAUGAAAUAGAAAAUAUUAUUCUUGAUUGAAUAUUUUUGUGUAUCGAACUGAUAAAAAAUUCUUGCAUUAGUAGUUUAUCUCGAACUUAUUUAAAAGAUAAUUCUUAAUUUUUAAAGAGUAAGAUCAAUUUAAGAGGUCCAAAUUACACUUGAAUGAACUAUUUAUGCUUAA